AUGGAGAAGAAAAAUGGUCCAGGAGAAAUUAUAAGAGGUAGGAGAGUAAGUGGGAGUGGGGAGGAAGAGAAAGUGAUGGAGGAGAACGUGACAGCAACUAAGCCCAGGAGGAAACCAGCUUCGCAGGACAGAGUAUUCAUCAUCACCCUGUCCAGGUCCUCCAGUGCUCACGAUUGCAGGAAGAUUUGGAUGGAAGGGAAAAUGCUGUUUUUGUGUUUGGUUCUGAUUAUUUUGGGGGCUGCACAAGCACAAUCGUUUCAUUUUGGAAAAUGUCCCAAACCACCAGUGCAGCAGGAUUUCCAACUUUCCAGGUAUCUGGGCACAUGGUACGAAAUUGAAAAGCUCCCUGCAUUUUUCGAGAGGGGGAAAUGUCAACAAGCCACAUACACUCAGCAGAGUGAUAGUGCAAUCAAGGUUGUGAACAAAGAGAUACUUAACAAUGGUGAAGUGAAUUCAAUCGAGGGCACAGCCAGGGUAAUAAAUGCAUCCGAACCGGCAAUUCUGGAAGUGAGCUUCUUUGCAGGCUUACCAAAUGUGUUGCAGCCCGAUGCCCCCUACUGGGUGCUCUCAACUGAUUACACCAACUAUGCCUUGGUUUACUCAUGCACAGAAUUCUUGGGUUUCUUCUAUGUGGACUUUGCAUGGAUCCUGAGUCGGUCACGGUCUCUUCCAGCAGGUGACCUCACACGUUUGCGUAGUGACCUUCAAUCGGACGGCAUCACCAUCACAAGAAUGACUCGUUCUGACCAAACAGGCUGUGGAGCAUUAAUGUGA